AUGGCGACAAAUAAUGCAUACCCGAUCUCAUCCAAUUCGCGAUCGAAAUUGAAUGCUUUUCGCUACAAAGACGACCAGGCCCCGGAUAAUACUGCCUCGGAUGGCGCAGCGAGAUCAAUCCAUGACACCGCAAAGAACCAUCAACCCGGGCCCAAAGGCGUGGUAGAGCCGAUGCAGAAGUCGCACAAUGGGGGCAAACCCCCGAGCUGUGAUCCCCAGCUACCGGAGACAAAGCUCAAUAAAGAAUGCCCCCAGACCCCCGGAAACAGGAUUCCUUUGGCCGACUUGAUCAGCAAUGCCGAAGAUUCAUUCGAUCCUGCCCCAGGGCCCGAGGUUACACCUGUUGAGCAUGUUAUAUGGCAACAUGUGCCCGCCAGUUCGGAUCCAUCAUCCCAGACACCAGCAGGUCGUCGAAAGAAGCGACGACACAGCUCCUCCCCCGCCGGAUCCCCCUCGAAUGGGAAAACAAAAAAGGGCCAAAAAGAGCCUCUGGAUUUACAAACAAUGCAUGCGCUUUUCAAGACUCCACAGCAUGAUCUGGCUGCGGACUUGUGGAACAACUAUAUAGAUAAGAACAUGGCUGAGGGCACAGACGACCUUCCCCCUCCCCGGCUUGCGAAUCUCCUCUCAUCCUCUCCUCAAACACCAGCCUCUGCCAGAACCAGCCGAGAAUCUUCGGGUUUGAGGCGUGCCAUAAGUUGCAACACUGAGUUUCCCACCUCGCGGACAAAAAGACGGCGAGUCAAUAGACUUGAUCCCGGAAGCUUCCCAAGGACUAAUAGCAAUGUCGAAGCUGGGAAGCCGAAGACUUCAAGGAUAAAUUAUCUCAUGGAGAAGAUCGAGAAAAGCAUACACCUGACUCCCGUUGAAAUGGGCCCGCCAGGUUCUUCGCCUCUGCGCCAGCAGAUCGAUGCACGAAGGUGUCGCUCUUCCUCUCCCACCAAGGACCACAGGCUUGUUGGAAUUGAUGAAGACCCAGCGGAGAGAAAUGGCACAUUGCCAAAUGAGGUUACAGAACCUGUGCGAAUGCCGGUCCUUGAUGAAUCGUCCUCGGAAUUCGGAGGUGAUGACUUAGAUCAGGACCUCAUGGAUUUGGCCGAUGCAUCCGCGGAUCCCUUUGUUGAAGCGCCACGAACAGUCCCUGGGACAGCGCCCCUCAAACCCGUCGGCGGGGGUGUUGCUGCAGCAGAGAAACCUCCUCCGUGGUAUCCUCCGAAGAAUCCAGUACCGGGCAACAAAUCUUGCACCACUCUUGACCCGACGAUUAAUGAGCCAAAUCACGAUGAAUCCGAUGAGUUUGAUGACGAUUAUGAUGACCUACCCGGCAACCUGGAGGAGCUUCUCGCCCAGUGUGACCAGAAGCCCCAAUCGGCGAAUGAUUCGAACCCACCCACAAAUCCACCACCCAUCAAGGGAUCCACAACCGUGGAUGUCACUGCCAAAGGUACCGCCACUGGGGCAGACCCAGUCGCGCCAUGCACGAAGACUGGAAUGGCAUCGUCAGAUGAUGAAUUCGAUGACGACUUUGACCUGGAGGCCAUUGAAGAGACUAUGAAACAAGCGGGUGAAGGAAAACCGGCUUACAGCUCCAAGGGUCGGCAAGCUAUCAAACGUUAUCAAAUCGUCGAAGUUAUGGAGAGCACAUAUGUUACUCUCAAAGGUCGUACUCAGCCAGAGCAGGUAUUAUUAGUUGAAGAUGAGAAAGCCCGGGAUCGGAGGGUUGUUUCUUUGCGUGAGUCGUGGGCCGACACUCCCUGCACCAAAGAGUCCUUCAUCCACCUAGUUGGUGAAUUUGACAGUAACGGUCAAUGUAUUGUCGACAAUGCCAACAAUAUGAUCAUUCUUCACCCUGAUCAUCUCAUAUCCGCUACCGUCGUGGCGGAUUCAACAGACUGCCAACGACGAGCCGUCCUCCAAGAUCGAGUGAAGGUCAUCGCAGCACUGGAAAGACCACAAGCGUUCGGGAUUUUCUUUCAUGAAGUCUUUCAAGAAGCCUUGAAGGCGAACACAUGGGACAUGGAUUCAAUCAAAUCAUUGGUCGAGAACAUCAUGUCACAACACGUCGAAGAGUUGUACUCGAUCCAAAUGAGCAUACCUGAAGCCGUUGAUUACAUUAUGAGCAGAAUUCCAGCGGUCCUUGACUGGGCUGAUACAUUCCUUCACGUGAAACCACAGGCCAAAUCGGUGGUUGAAGAUCGGAAUAGUUCUAAGCUCAAUCUUAGCAUCAGCAAACUUCUCGAGGUAGAGGAGCAUAUUUGGAGCCCGAUGUAUGGAUUGAAAGGCAACAUCGAUGCCACCGUGCAAGUCACUUGCCGCGAAGGCGAAGAGGUGAAAACGUUGGUUGUUCCGCUAGAACUGAAAACUGGGCGACGCGAUACGAACCAGGCCCAUAGGGCUCAGACAGCUCUCUACACACUGCUCAUGUCGGACCGAUACGAUGUUGAUGUCAAAUUCGGACUCCUUUACUACCUUGAGCUGACAAAGACCCUGAGCAUUCGUGGCAUUCGACAUGAACUCCUCCAAAUGAUCCAAGUGCGAAACAACCUGUCCGGCUACAUUCGUGAGAGGGAACAGCUACCUCCAAUGCUGAAGAAGCCGCGUGUAUGCACCCGGUGCUAUGCAAAGACACCUUGCCUCAUCUACCACAAGCUCGCCGAGGAAGGCGAUGGGGAGACAAGUGGACUUGGGGACGAAUUUGACACAUCAGUCGGCCAUCUGAACGACCGGGCUCGAGACUUCUUCCAAAAAUGGGAUCGACUUCUCACCAAAGAGGAAGGAAACUUGAUCAAGUUCCGACGAGAGCUGUGGACACUUUUAAGCAGCGAGCGAGAAGCACUUGGCAGAUGCUUCGGCGAUGUCGUCCUUGAUCCAAGAGCCAUGCACGAGGAGCAGACCGGAACGAAGAUCAAUCGUUACCACUAUACCUUUGUUAAGCGAGAUGCGCCUGCAGGCUUCUCUUUUACCGACUCACAGAUCUCUCUCGGUGAACCCAUUGUCGUGUCCGAUGAAAAGGGCCACUUUGCUCUCGCCAAUGGAUACGUUGUGCACAGUAGUACAUCACACAUCAAGGUCGCCGUGGAUCGCAAACUUCACAAUGCAAGAUCAAGGACGGUAGGCUUCGAUGCCGCCACUAACCAAUCCUUCAGGGGUAUCAUGGAGGUCAGCAAAGGGGAGCCUGCGGCUUUGGAAGACCCUGGUGAACAACUUGUAUACCGAAUCGACAAAGACGAGUUUAGCAAUGGCAUGGCUAUUGUUCGAAACAAUCUGAUCUGCAUGAUGGAUAAGGAUCUCUUCCAAGCCAGACAAUUACGACGACUCAUCAUCGAAGGGGAAGCACCUGCCUUCAACGCAACCUCGACUGCUUAUACCAUCUCCGACAAAAUGAGCCUCAAUGUUGAUCAGAAAAAAGCAAUUGACAAAGUGAUGAGUGCCAAAGACUAUGCCCUUGUUCUUGGAAUGCCAGGGACUGGAAAAACAACCACCAUUGCUCAAAUCAUCCGGGCUCUGGUCGCACAGGGGAAGAGCGUGCUUCUUACAUCUUACACACACACCGCGGUCGACAAUAUCCUGUUGAAGAUUCGGAAUGACAAUAUCCAUGUCCUACGUAUUGGUGCGGCAUCCAAAAUCCACCCUGAUGUACAGGACUUCGCCGAUCUUGCUGCAAAUCCCAAGUCGACCAUCGAAGAGCUCAAAAAUUCCUACGAAAAGCCCCAGGUUGUAGCGACCACCUGCCUGGGAGUUAACCACAACAUCUUCAAUCACCGAAUCUUCGAUUGCUGUAUUGUCGACGAAGCCUCGCAGAUUACACUUCCGGUCUGCUUGGGUCCCAUUCGCAUGGCAAGGACUUUCAUCCUGGUCGGUGAUCACUUCCAACUGCCACCGCUUGUACAAAACAAAACAGCACAGGAAGGUGGACUAGAUGUCAGUCUCUUCAAAUUGCUUUCGGAUUCGCAGCCAGAUUCGGUCGUCAAUCUAGAACAUCAAUACCGCAUGUGUGAAGAUAUCAUGUUACUUUCGAAUCAUUUGAUUUACUCGGGUCGUCUCAAAUGCGGCACCCCACAAGUCGCAGCCAGUUCGUUGGUUCUGCCUAACAUUAAUGCUCUCGAAGAGUACCAUGUCGCGGACAAGAGCUACACAUCGUCUCAGCGUGAGGCUUGUCCGGGCGACCCAAGCAGUCCCUGCUGGCUGCGCGAUUUGUUGGAACCAUCUGCGAAAACGCUCUUGCGCAAGGAAACCGUGUCGUGA